AGUUUGCGGAAAAUAGCGCCGCGUGUUGCUGUGAACACGAAGCGUCUUGUUAAUUUUUUCGAAAAGGAACGAUCGUAGACUAUUUUACCGAAUUAUUUCCGAUAUUUUUUAAUAAACAUUUUUUUUUUGUAAGCGCGUUUUUAUAGUAGAAUAAACAAUAUUUAAAAUUAAUUUAAACCGGUUGUGUUAGUGCAUAAUAUGUAGUGUGUUAUGUGCUUAAAAUUAAAAAGCUGAUGCAGUAUACAAAAUUCUAGUGCAAUUAUCGUAUAAAAGGUGUUAUAUUUAUAAUUCGGAUAAUUCGUUUGAAUUGAAAUUUGUAUGAAUAUUUGAAGCAAAUUUAAAACAGUGAGAAUUUAAAGCAAAGUGAACAAUUCCGCAAAUUUUGAUUUCUAGAUUGCUUGAAGUGUGAAUAGUUGUGAUUUCUCUUUUAAGAAAAUUGAGAAUAAACAUCCUCACGAUCCACAUCCUGAUAAGUGCCAGUGCUACAAAGUGAAGUAAAUUAUCAUCUUUCUAAAACAAAUCCAACAAAAUCCUAUAUAAUAUAGUGAGUGUUGCGUUAAAAUCAAGUGAAAAUAAGUGCAUGCGUUUCAUGGGACUUUAAAAUUAAUUUAUCGAGUUGUUUAUUUGAUAAAUUGAAUGUGACAGUGUCUCAAAGUGAAUAAAAUUUAGGUUGAGGCAUUUUUAAAAUAAUUUUUGUUGAAAGCCCUUUUCUAAUUCAGUGAGAAAAGAGGGAGAUUUGAAACAAUGAUACCCUAACUGCGUUUUGGCAGGGUGGGCAUGUGUGUCAGGUACAGGGUGUCCCACCUGAGCUUGCCCUGCUAUGAGGGAUCGUCUACGAUGAGGCGGCCAAUUGGCAUGGCUCUGUUCGGUAUGGUGUGGUUGUUGCGCGUGCGCAGUGAGAUGAAAAGAUGUGCUAAGUGUCGUCGGGAGUUAAAGGAAAAACAACUAGAGCAAGAACAAAAAGCAUCUGCAUCAUGUUCUACAUUUUUCACCAUAGAUGCUCCCACUGUUCUUCCAAGUACUGAAACUCUAUUAACUCCGGAAAGGUUAGGACCUACAACGUACUGCGAAGUUCAUGGAUUCAACCCUCCAAAAGAAGACAUACAAGAAUUCUACGAAUUAACUCUUCUUGACGAAAAUAAAUCGGUACAAGAGAAAACUGCAGAAACAAUUCGAAUCGCCAACAAGUGGGAAGCCAACGAUGGCCCUAUUAUACCUACGUACACGAAUAACGAGCCUCGUCCAGAUCGCGAAUUGGUUUUGGCACCUUAUCUGACCUCACGAUUAGAGAGUGCCCUAACAAGGAUUGAACAGCAGAAAUCUCGCUAUGCAGAAGACGAGAUGCCGCCUCCCCCUUCGCCUCCUCAACAACAUCCGGCCGUUACUACGGUCAUUGCUCACGAAGGAAGCGGAAGGGUUUCGAGGCAAGGAUCUCUGGAUCGGGGUUCGUCGGGUCAUAUUAGAACUAGAGUGUCGAACGACAGAGAACAGCAGAUUGGGAAGGAUCACACGCAGAUAAUGGGAAAUGAUAGUUGGCAAGGAAACGAUAGCGAUCAGGCUCAUUCUCCUCUUCUUGGAUCUGGAGAUAAACCAGUGAACGGCGACGAUGAAUGGGAAUACGAAGAAAUUAUUCUUGAACGUGGUGGCGCCGGUCUCGGGUUUAGCAUUGCCGGAGGCACCGAUAAUCCUCAUAUCGGCGAUGACACCGCCAUCUACAUCACCAAGUUAAUACCUGGAGGAGCGGCAUCUAGCGAUGGUCGUUUAAAAGUCAAUGAUUCAAUUUUAUCGGUUAACGAUGUCCCCGUUGUUGAUGUACCACACGCCGCCGCUGUGGAUGCACUUAAAAAAGCCGGAAACACGGUUAAAUUAUGUGUCCGGCGAAGACGACAACCACGAAAUAUGCGCUUAAUGGAAAUCGAAUUAGUCAAAGGAAACAAAGGUCUGGGAUUCAGUAUCGCCGGCGGAAUAGGCAACCAACAUAUCCCCGGUGAUAAUGGCAUUUACGUCACAAAAGUUAUGGACGGUGGCGCCGCGCAAGUUGACGGUCGAUUGUUAGUCGGAGAUAAGUUGGUAGCUGUCAGAGAUGCCGUGAAAGGAGAAGUGAAUCUAGAAAACGUUACUCACGAAGAUGCUGUAGCCACAUUAAAAACGACGCAAGAUCGAGUCGUUCUCGUCGUAGCUAAACCAGAGAGUGCCUUUAAUGCUCCAGCAUCGGAUACGUCGUACUCACCACAACUGUCUACCAAAGUAUCACAUAGUUUCGCAGAUUCUGUACACUCUGUACAUUCGUCGAACUUGGCGUUACAUCACCCACCAUCUACACCACGAGCAAUCAGCGCUGAAGAUAUCACAAGAGACAUACGAACAGUUGUUCUACAAAAAGGAAAUUCUGGUCUAGGCUUCAACAUUGUAGGUGGAGAAGAUGGCGAAGGUAUCUUCAUAUCGUUCAUUUUAGCCGGCGGACCAGCUGAUUUGAGCGGAGAGUUGAGAAGAGGUGAUCAAAUCUUGAGCGUAAACGGGGUCAAUCUCAGAAAUGCCACGCACGAGGAAGCGGCGUUGGCACUCAAGGUAAAUAAUGGAACGAGUCAAACGGUAAGCGUAGUGGUUCAGUAUAGACCGGAAGAAUAUAACAGAUUCGAAGCCAAAAUUCAUGACCUCAAACAACAGAUGGCACACCCAGUCACGGGAGGCACACUACUCAGAACAUCACAAAAACGAUCUCUUUACGUUAGAGCCCUAUUUGACUAUGAUCCAAUGAAAGAUGACGGUCUACCAAGUAGAGGUUUAGCGUUUCAUUAUGGUGAUAUUUUACACGUGACUAAUGCUAGUGACGAUGAAUGGUGGCAAGCCAGACGAGUACUUAAUACUGGAGAUGAACAGGGUAUGGGAAUAGUUCCAUCGAAAAGGAGAUGGGAAAGAAAACAGAGAGCUAGAGAUAGAUCAGUUAAAUUUCAGGGACAUUCGCCUAACAUACUCGAUAAGCAAUCAACGUUAGAUAGGAAAAAGAAAAAUUUCUCAUUUAGUAGAAAAUUCCCAUUUAUGAAAAGUAAAGAUGAUAAAUCUGAAGAUGGAUCAGACCAAGAACAACCCAAUUCCAACCACAUUAACUCCGUUAAUGAUAAUGAAAAAAAUCCUCAAUCUUUCAUGCUCUGUUAUACACAAGAAGAUGCUAACACAGAAGGUGAAAUAUUAUAUCGGGUCGAACUACCCUAUAUGGAAGAAAUAACUCUUAUUUAUUUGGAAGAUAAUGACGGUUUGGGGGAUUUUAGCAACGAAGAAAACGUUCUUUCAUAUGAACCGGUUCAACAGCUGCUUAUAAAUUAUACUCGGCCUGUUAUUGUACUUGGUCCUCUUAAAGAUCGUAUUAAUGACGAUUUGAUAUCAGAGUUUCCUGAUAAGUUUGGAAGUUGUGUACCACAUACAACAAGACCAAAACGAGAAUAUGAAGUUGAUGGAAGAGAUUAUCAUUUUGUUGCAUCUAGAGAACAAAUGGAGAGGGACAUUCAAAACCACCUAUUUAUCGAAGCUGGACAAUACAAUGAUAAUUUGUAUGGGACUUCUGUUGCUUCUGUACGAGAAGUUGCUGACAAGGGCAAGCACUGCAUUCUGGAUGUUAGCGGCAAUGCGAUAAAGAGGCUACAAGUGGCGCAAUUGUACCCGAUUGCUAUUUUUGUUAAGCCGAAGUCAGUUGAAUCUAUAAUGGAGAUGAAUAAAAGGAUGACAGAAGAACAAGCUAAGAAAACUUUCGAGCGGGCAAUCAAAAUGGAGCAAGAAUUUGGCGAAUACUUCACAGCCGUUGUACAAGGUGAUACUCCUGAAGACAUUUAUAACCAAGUGAAGGAUGUAAUCAAGGAACAAUCGGGACCAAACAUUUGGGUACCCGCCAAAGAGAAACUGUGACCUUUGGCCCCCCCAAUUUGGAUGUUUCCAUCUCGUCCCCAUCGGCUACACUAAAAAACAACCCUUUUACCAAUAUCCAAUAUCCCUCUCCCUAAAUUCGUAAAAAAUAAUUUUCAUGGUAUUUUUAAGGUAGCCAAAACUGUGUACUACUUUUUUGUUAAAAUAUCUAACGUUAAUAUAGAUUUGACGAAUUUUUAGUACUUAGUUUGGGUUAAUCCUAAAUAUAUAUCGUUGUUUUAUGAUUGAGAGACACUUAGAGCACUUUUGACAAUUAUAAGAUGUGCGGUGCCUGUAAACUGCGUGCUUGCGAUAAAAACAGCUCAGUUUUACUCAUUUGUUUGUUAUCUCGAAGAAUUUGGCAGAUGAAUAUCUGAAAAAUUAAUUUAUCUUUAGAACCGUAACAUAUCUUUCUAACUAAUUGACAACUAAUUUUCAUUAUUAAAUAUUUAUUCACUUAAAAUGCCUAAACCAGUUAUGAUAUUAUUUUGAUAAUAAUUGUGAAAGACUUUCUUUGGUUAUUUCCAAUAUUCCUUUCUAUAUUGUGCACAGAUGCUUUAGCCCCCUUUUUCUUCAUAUAUCUUUUUAUUUCUUUACUAUUGAUGAUUCUGUUAUUUUUUUUAUCAUUGAGUACAUUCAAAUAGGAAUUAUUUUUUUAUACAUUCACAGAAAAAAUGUGAACAUAAAAAAAUAUAUUGCCUAAGAGAUGAUCAAAUUACAUACACGGGGUAGGCACAGUGGGUCCAAAUUUCCAAAAACUUGACAAAACUGAAUUGUUCAAGUUAUCGAUCUGAAAUCCCUUAUUCGGUUUAUUUUUGAAGUCGCUGAUUUCGAAUUCUAUGUCAACUUCACAAAAACUUACCCCCUAACAACCACCCCUUUUCCCAUACUACAUGAAGUUAUCACUUCUAAGGUUUUCGGGGCUGUUGGCUACGAUUUUGAUGUCAAAUUUACAAAAACUCACCCACUUCACCCGCUAAUAGCCUAAUUCUAGCCCAUACAGGACCUCUUCAAUCCAAACUCCAAAAAUUUUGCCCCCUAUAUAUCCAAUAUUACUUCUAGUCUGCGUUUGUUCUUCAUUCAGACUUUCAUCUGAAUUAUCAAAUCUCUGGUAGUUUUAUUCUUCCACGUUGGUGCAUUUUUCAGAACCAUGAAAAUUUUUCUAUUGUCCAUAACGACUAAAAAAAUUUUCAGAUUCGUGCUUUUUUCGUUUUUUUUUUUCAUUUUCUAAAAAAAUUUCAAUAGUAUUGUAUAUUUUUUUUCAUACCUUCAGAAAGUAGACAUUUCAACGAACAAAACACCUACCAACUUUUUAGAAAAAUCGUGAGAUUUUUCGAUAGAAAAUUGGGAUGCUUUUUGGAUAUUAAGUCAAAAUAGGGUGAAAUAAUAAAUAUUUCAAAUCAGAAAAAUUACAGUGUGUUUAGGACAAGGAAUGGUAAAUUUUCAAUUUGGUAAAAAAAGAUUUUCUAAAAGAUAUAAAUAAAAAACCAAAAACAUGGUUUUUUCAAUUUUUCACAUAAAUUUUGAGGUUAUGUGAUAAAAGUGUAACAACAUUAGUUGUAGAUACUUAUAUUUUUGGUGAAAAUCAAAAAAAAGCCAUAUUUUACCAUUAAAAACACACACUAAUAAUAAGUUUCAUCCUACUAUUUUUUUGUUUCAAAAAUUAUCGACUAUUUCGGUUAUGAGGUAAUAUAUUAUUCAGAUAUUGAUUCUAUGGAAUUCUUCUGGAUUUUGUUAUUGACAAAUAUACAAAUAAAUAUUUAGGGUAAUAUUCUUAGUAGAAAUUACGGUUGAACCAAGAUACAUUGUGAAUCAUCCCCAAAAUCAUAAUAAAAAAUCGCAAUAUGAGAACUAAUUUUUAUUCACUUGUAUCUUAUAGCAAUCACCCAAUUUAAGCUUGUAUAGAUGUUUUCCGAGCCCCAAAAAUAAUUAUUAUUUGCACUUACAGUAUUCUGAGUGUUUCUUCCAAGAGUUCCUAGAACUGAAAUAUAUUUAUACUUAAUAGAUUACAGACACAAUAAUUAUUUAUAUUGCAAGGUAGUUGUGGCCCUUUCACUUUAUGGGAAUAGCCCUGAAAGAGAAAAUAAGUAUCGAUUUCAAUUAAAAAAAUUUCUGAACAACGGAGUUUUAAAAAGGAUUUAAUGUGCAUAAAUAUUGUGGUUACAAUUAUAAACAUAAAUUGGUAUUUUAUUGCUCAUUUUCUUUUAGAAGAAACAUUCUGAUACUGGAUUUUAUAUAAGGAUCAUAUUUUUUUGAUUUCAUCAAGUUAUUUGCGACAUAUUGUAAUUAUUUUUUGUUCAGUUUCACAUUUAGAAACUGUAUUUAGCUCAGUGGAGGAAAAACUCUAAUUAUCACUCAAUACUAUCACAGAUACAGCCAAAGAUUUGAAUCCGAUGACGAAUUAUUAGGAAAAAUAAGUUACUUGCUUAAAUUUGUCGUAAUAAAUUUAUUAUCUACAAAGAUCUUAGUGCAUGAGUAGGGAAAAAUUAAUUCGAAUUUUAGACUAUCAGUCUAGAAAGCAGGAAUGAAGAAACUACAAGGAAAAAACAACAGACAGUUGGAAAUUAUAGAACUGUUCUGGCAAAAGAAGUGAAGGAUGACAUUUUAGCUAAAAUAUUAAAUUUUAAAAAUUCUAAAUCUCACAGUCAUGUAUUUUCAUAAGCUAAAUUAUUGGCAGUCAUGAAUGCAAGAAUAAAGAUAAAGACUACUCAACAUUGGAGUUGAUAGAGCUAACAGGAUGAAAUUUUCGUCAAAUUUUGUUUUAUUUGAUAAAUUUUGAUGAAACGCCUGUUCUACAUUGUAAAAUUGGAAACACAACAUUUAUAGCAUGUAUGAUGUAGGUGCUAUUUUGCCAUUUUAAAUGUUCAUAACAGACAUACAGUCAAUUUUUAAAAUACACUUCGUAGGAAAAAUUGAAGCAAACUGUUUUUUUUGUUUGAUUGAACAAUAUGGCAAAACUGUCAACAUAUCCCUUACAGGAAAAGUUAAAUAUUAACAUUUGAGACGGUAACGCCACAGUAACGAAAUAGCAAAAUUAUAAAGGAUUUUAAUAUCCAAAACAAUCAAUCUGAAUGCAUUGCGGGUAUUAUCAAUAAAAAAAGUGUGUUCAGGAUAUCCCUGCUUUUAACAACAAAGUCAUGGGUGUUUUUAUUUUUUCUUUUCCCAUAAUUGAAUAAGUGAGUGAAUGAAUAAAUAAUUUACAGAAACUUAAUUUAGUUUACAUAAAAUUUAAUAUUUUUAAAAAGUGAAAAGAAAAAUAUGAUCCUCUGAUGAAUUGAAACAUUAGUAUAUUGGUAAUUUUUAACAAAUUUUAAAUAUAAUUGAGAAUAUAGUCAAAUUUUGAAACAUUUAUAAUAUGCAAUUGUUAUCUGACAUAGGUAGUUUUAUCAAUGUUUUUUGUAGUGUAUGUAUAUUUACAUUCUUUCGAUGAUGCGAAUAUUAUUAAUUUGAUUGAAAAAGAAAGUAAUUGAAAGAGACGGACGAUAAAUAGAAAUAAAUCAAUUGAAAAAAUAAUUGUAUAUACACAACUUUAUCUCUGUGUAGUAUAUUUGACAGGAAUCUGUUAUUAUCCAAAACAAGUUGUCACCUAACUUAUUUCAGUUAAUAAAAGAAGUUUUACUAAAA